AUGAAAGAAUUGGUCGUAGCACAAGCAACACGAUAUCAUGAGUGGCACGCACACGCUAAGAAAUGGGCUCUACAUGAGUGGCAUCAGCUGGAAGCGGAGCUCACUCGGGAACGCGGUAUAUGGGGACCUGAAAAGGCGUCGGUGUUAGAUAAGUAUAAGCUGGAUACGACAGAAGGUCCAUCGCGUACACGCCGCAAGAUGAUACCUAAUCGUUUCUUCUACCAUGCAUUCCCAUAUCGUCCUCACUUGGAUGAACCGAGCGCGAAGGCCAUGCGUGCAAAAGUGGCAAUAUCUCGAGACAGUGAGCUGUAUUAUAAUUCAUGUCGGAAGCGACGUGGACGAAUAAUGGAUUCCCGGAUAAUCGACUAUUCCGUUACAAUCUCAACUCCAUCAGAGGAAAAGCCUGCGUUCACUUUCUGUGAUUUAGCGCAAAUCAAUUCGUCCCUCAUCCGUCGGCUGUCGGUUCGACCUCAUAUAGAAACUCUUCCAUGUCCAUCUAUCGAAGAUAAUGGUAAAGAGAACGAAAACGGCGAUGAGAAUGGAGCAAAGGAACCAUCGGUAGAACUUGAAGAAGAACAACAGGACGAGUCAUCGGCAAGUGAGAAGCCGAUGUCAGAAAGUCGUGAAGAAGUGAAGGAGGAGGAGAAGAAGGAUAAUGAAAACAGGAAAAAGCGCGGUCCAGAUAAUCAGACACUGCUGCGGUUAUUGGAGCAAGGCGAACAGCUUCAUAGCAUGUUUCGUUGCGCUAGGAUCCAGGGACUUGAGACUUCUGAAGGGUUGCUGCUUUUUGGAAGAGAGCAUUAUUAUGUCGUUGACGGCUUUACUCUCUUGAAAACCCGAGAGAUACGUGAUCUGGACUUUUUAAGCUCAGAACUUCAUGAUCCAAUCGUCCCAUACACAGCUACUGGUGCAACACAUCCACCUCGAUCAUCACGCCUUUGCAGCAAGUUCAGCUAUGAGGAUAUCAGAGAGGUCCACAAAAGAAGGUAUCUCCUCCAGCCCAUCGCUUUAGAAGUGUUCAGUGCUGACGGCCGAAAUUACCUGCUGGCGUUCCCGAAGAAGAUGAGGGAUCGAGUGUACGAGAAGCUUCUAUCAAUGGCGAAGGGGUUGACGGCUGGCGGCACAGACUCCGUCGGUGGUCAGAAGGCAACAAUGGCAAUUGAACAAAGUGGGAGAGCAUCACUGCUGAAUUCAAUUAUUGGUGAGUCCCUCUACUAA